AUGGUAUCCCUUCGAGAAUAUUCCCAGGAGCCGGUGAAACUCCUCGCCGUACAGGGUCGUAUUAAUAGUGUAAAUAACUAAUUUCAGAGAACGCGCCCGCUUGUACUUUCAUCGUAAUAACCAUGUCUCGUUUCGUAGUUACGGGAAACGUUCGACGCGGUUCUAUCAUUUGUAAUCAGUCAGCGUAUCGCCUUUGGCUACUUAGCAAGGGAAAGUAUAUCGGAUUAGCGACGCGUUUGUAUACGCAGUUAAUAGUUCAUAACGUAAUUUUCCUCUCUUUCUUUUCUUUUCUUUUUUUUUUUCUUUUCUUUUUUACUAAUCCAAUUGAAUUUCAAAUUCUACAAAAAAAUGUUCUAACGAGAUACGUUUCGUAUGGCCUAAUGAGAUCGUAUCGUGCUCCAUCGUUCAAUUUACUCAGCACUUAGCACGAAGACCAUAAUAUAAAUAAAUUUCAUUUCAGCCGCGUACGUCGACUAUGUCCGAGUUUCUUUUUGUUCGAGGAAUAUUAAGAAGUCCCCCGCGCUUCAAGAGAGUCACCGAAUUCUCGAGGUGAAACGCGUGCGCCGCUGAAUUUAAAACCUAAAUUUUCUCUCCUUCUUUCUCUCUAUGGCCAUGUGAAACAAGCGACAAGAAUUUUCUGUUCUAUUCGCACAAUUUAAACGCGAGAAACAUCCUAUACGUUCGAUACGUGUUGGUAACUCGGCCUCGCCAUAUCGGGAACACGAUCGCAGCUGGGAAUCGCUUAUCAGGAUAGCAGUAACUGUCCAUUCCGCGACGCUAGAAUACCAAUCGAUUGGCCUUUUAAGGUCUUACAGGAUGCUUCUUCUCGUUUAUUAAUCAGGUCACUCGGUUAACCACGUGCGACGAAUGUUUCCACAAAUGCGUUCCACAUUUACACACAGAUACUUCUCAUUUGGUUCCCCUUGUUUCCACGCAUUCCGAUAGAGAUUCCUAUUUCCAGAUUGUCGUGAUAAUAGCGCUCCUCGUCGUUGCGACCUUUGCCAAAGAUGAGUCCUCGAAAAGCCGUGAUAAGAGACAACAGGUUGCAUUCUAUCCGAGGAGAGGAGCCAGACCACCACCCUACGCGGUCCAAAUGGAACCAAUCGUUCAGUAUUCUCAGAGAGAUCCGCUUUACAAUCCUUUGGCGAGCUCCAAGAGCGACGAUUUCUACGAGGAGGGCCCGCUGAAUUAUUACCCGACGGAACCGGAACCGAUCAUCGAAAUUAUCAUCAAGGAAUCCAAUGAAUCGUUGCCGACACCGGUACCUCCGCCACCUCCGCCGCCUCAGAGGCCUACGAAAGAACCUGUACAAGUGUUUUAUGUGAAAUAUGAGAAAAAGAAAGGCUACGGAGAUAAGUCUCGAGUCGUUUACGAUCCACCGGUGCCUGCGCUAACACCCGUCGAGGAACAUGAAGAGAUCAAGCCAGAUAACCCAGCGCCUUACCCGGAAGAACCUGUUCACACGGCGACACCAGCACCGCCAGAGCCUUCUACGACUUUGAGAGCUAUCAUUCGACCCGACAGUGAAGUGUACCAUUCUGGUUCUAGUGGUAUUCGCGUCACGUUUGGCACCGAACAAGUGCCACCGAACAAUCACAACAAACGUAGCGAUUUGGAAGCACCGCCGACCCAACAGCAGACCAAACCAACUUCCAUUCCGCCAGGAUCUCCCAAACGACAACACGGUUUACCGGAUGUACAACAACGAGCGCCAUUCAAUACUUUUGGCACACCUCAUCGUAUAAGCAUCAACCAUCCACAGCAGCCAGGAUUUCCACCUACGUUAUCGAUUUCUCAUCAAAAUGUACAGAUACAGAAUCAACCUUUGCCACUGAAUCAGGGCAGUCCUUUCAACGUGGAGCAACAACCGCAGCAACCGCCUUUGUCCCCAUAUCACGAGCAACGUCGUCAACAAGAACUGAAUCAGGGCAGCCCUUUCAACGUCGAACAACAACCGCAGCAAACGCCUUUGUCUCCGUACAAGCAACAGGAAUUAGAGAAACAAAGAUAUCACGAGCAACGUCGUCAACAGGAACUAUUGAAGCAACGUGAACAUCAAAGACAGCACGAGCAGCAAAGGCUUCAGGAACAUCAACGAUUCUUAGAGCAACAGAGGAUAUUGGAUCAGCAGAGGCAGCAGGAACAACAGAGACAACAAGAUCAUCAGAGAUUGCAGGAACAACAGAGGAUACAAGAACACCAGAGGAUACAGGACCAACAAAGGUUCCAGGAACAGCAAAGAUUACAAGAGCAGCAGAGAUUACACGAACAACGUCGAAGGAAGCAAGAACAGGAACAGAAAUUGUUACAGGAGCAGCAGUAUCGUUCUCAAUUGAAAUACAAUCAAGCACCAGCGGUACAAAAUAUACCUCAACUAUCAAUUUUGCCUCAGAUUCAAAAGCCAGGGGGAGAAAUUUUCAAAGCUGUACCGAAGCUCGAGCAGCAUUACGCAAUUCGAGAAAAUCCGCUUCACCCUGGCCCUUUCCCGGCUAACCCAGCGAUCCAGCCAACUGGAUUCCCAGAAACGCCACAGAGUCAAUACGUUUCCGUUCAACCGCCGAAUUCGUCGCCAGAUAUCCUAAGAAGUCCACCGAGUGAAUUCAUAAACGAUCAGCAACAACAUGUGAACACGAAGCAGCAAAUAAUUCAGAGCCAGCAGGAAGGAUUUUUCUCGCAAAAUCAUCAACAAUCGCAACAACAGCAAAGAUAUCCGGCGUCUCCUCAACGACCUUCGAUCUGGGGACGUCCGUCAUUCUCCGGAAAUAACGCGAGUCCCUCUCUAAAGAUUUACGCGACUCCGGUCAGUCCUGUCGAAGAUUUCAAUUCAAUCUCAACCGUCAGACCGUUCGUUUCAAGUACAACAACUACUACUACCACGACAACUACAACGACCACUACCACCGAAGCACCAAUAACAACUCUCUCUCCGAAGAAAGAGGCUAAGAUUAGAGAAAAUAUCGCAAAUCUUCCGGACGAGGUGCCGGAUGAUAUCAGGGAGCAACUACUUAGUUCCGGUAUUUUAGGUAACGCCGACAUACAGAUACUGGAUUACGACAAAAUCGGUGACAUACCGAUAGAGAAACUACCGCCGGAGGCCCUGGCGAAUUUCUACGGUGCCGGAGGCGGUUCCGCGGUAGCUGCCAGCGAACCGGUCCCGUCGGUCGUCAAGAAACCGAAAACGGCAGGGAGCGCAUCUUCCUCGACCUCCUCCUCCUCCUCCUCCUCCUCCUCCUCUUCCACUUCGUCGUCAGUUUUGGCGAAGAAGGCGACUACUGGUAGCACGACUAAGUUCGAACAGGCUACUUUGCGGCCAGGUGGCGUGGAGAUGAAAGUAGUACGCUUCGAUCCGAAUACGGAGCAAGGCCAGGCGCUAGCGGAUCAGCACAUACGCGACGAUGCUACCAGGCUGAAUCCUGUAACUGUCGGAGCGAAAGACCAGUCCCAAUACAAUCGUUAUUUACCGCUCAAAGUGAGUGGUGCAUCCUUCCCUAUUCCGGACGUGGCGCAACUUAAUGGUCGGAAGAUCUCCAGCGUGGUUGUAUUGGCGCCCGUCGACUAUAACUUUCAAGAAGAAAAAGAGAUUGAGUCGAGGCAAGGUAGGAGGGUCAGCGAUGUACAAGCAGUCAAGUUUCUCGCCGGCGAUACUCUGAAACAAUUGGUGAAAAAGCCGACCGCGGAGAACUAUAAGAAGUGGUUGGAACAGGAAAGCCGGACAGAGCCACAGAAGCAGUCGGUGGUUCUGUUGGUAACCAUGCCGAAAGACGCGAACCAAGGCGAGAAAGAAAUCUUCAUGUACGACGUGACCUCGCAAACUGUGAGCAAAUUGGCUGGCGAUUUAUCCACAGCGUUUGUAGACGCUGCUGAAAGUAACUCCGACAAUACCGACUCCUUCACCGAUUCGACUUUUUCAUCGACUUUUUAAAUGCUACACGUGAAUGAAUAGUAUGGCAUAUCACGAUAGAAAUUUACGUAAAAAAACAAGACUUAGCGUGCCAAGUCCGGAAGUAACACGCGAAAAUCUUCUGUCAUCACACAUAUCUUAAGAUUACAACGGAACCGGUGUAAAGUUUAAGAAAGGUAAAGGACAUAAAAGUAUAAGUAUCUUUAUAGAUACUUUAAUUAUGUAUUAUUAUGUAUAUACUGAUUUUAUACUUUUUUAUACAAAAUAAACGCUAUAUUUUUUUUUACAUGUAAAACAUCCGCUUCCUUUCAAUCAAUUUUAUCGUAAGCUCGAAUAUACGCCGUGCUAGUUUAAAUUUCGUUUCAACUUGCAGCGAUAAUUACGAAGUUGUAGUUUCACUCGAUUCACUUCAAAUUAAUUAGUACAUUUAUAGAUGUUAGUCAGUACUUUAAUGAAAUUACACGAGUACAAUUUAAUUUUAUCGCUGUUAAUGAAGUUGUAUGGCAUUCAUCCUUGUAAAUCUAAUUUACAUGCCGUUAUAAUUAAUUACAUUUUUUUUUUUUUUUUAUAUAGUGACGCCAACAAUAGUUGCUUGAAUAAAAAUAAUUAG